AUGUGGGAAGAUCACGGAACUAUUAUCUGUGGGAACAGAGCGUCUUCUGACACACCCGACGAAAUUUAUUCAAGUCCUGCUUCCGACCAACUAGGCCAGGCCCCGGAUGCAACUUUGGUUGUAACCUCGCCCCCACUUCCAUCAGCAACAGCAAAACCCAAAGAUCGCACACGAAGUCAUCAUCGAGUUAGAAAGAAGUCGAGCAGGAGGAAGAAGGGAGAAUCUCCUCCCACGUCACCAUCAACUAAUAGGAGUUCGCGAGAACCGUCCACCAUGCUCGAAGAAUCUGGGUCGAGUAUGAACCGCAACCAGCUAUCUUAUGCGUAUCAAGGUCAAACGUAUUCUGGGGCGAGUUCGAUGUCUGGCCUCCAACAACAGUCGGUCGCGCAACUUCCAACUCCACCAUACCAGACCAUGCAGUCCACGAUACAAGGGCCGCAGGGUUUUGUUCCUUAUCGAACAGGGCAAACGUUCGACAGUCAGGAUGCAUAUCAAAUGACUUACUCGCCGCAGCCAAAAGCUAGUAAUUCUGUAGGCUGUUCAAGUCGAAUCGAAGAUAUUACAAGGAGUCCGAACGAACAACAGGACAACAUGGAUCCCAACCAACCGUAUAUCAGAUCACAGUAUAUAAUGCCAAAUCAGGAUUCAGUCUGGAGAGCAACACGCUAG